CAUGUAAUGUUACGCCAUAGAAUUGGAAGUAGGAUAAAGGAGGCAAGGGGUAGAUUAGAUGAUAUUUCCAAAGAGGCGAGACAAUUGGGUCUUAGUGUAGCUAGUGGAGAGAGGGAGAGAGUGGAUACUGUAGUGAGGCAGAAUGAAAAUAGAAUACGAGAAACAAGCUCCCUAGUUGACAGGCUGUCGAUUGUAGGUAGAGAAGAUGAUAAAAAUAAAAUCCUAGACUUGCUGCUGAGUGGAAGUAGUCGGGAGGUAACUGAGGUGCCCUUUGUCAUUUCUAUCGUUGGAAUGGGGGGUUUGGGCAAGACAUCCCUUGCUAAGCUCGUCUACGACGAUGAAAAACUCAAGGAGGAGCGUUUCCCUGUGAAAAUGUGGGUCUGCGUAUCAGAAAAUUUUGAUGUGAAACAGAUUACGAAAUUAAUGAUAGAAUCUGCAACAGGGUCUCCUUGUAAUCUUGAAGGCUUGGAAACGAUGCAAAGUCAUCACCGUGAAAUCUUGCAUUUAAAGCGAUUCUUGCUUGUGCUUGAUGACAUUUGGAGUGAAGAUAGUGGGAAGUGGGAUGAACUGAGACUUCCAUUCCAAGCUGGUGCAGUUGGGAGUCGAAUCAUCAUAACCACUCGUAGUGAAAAGGUUGCAAUGGCGAUGUGAAACAUCCACAUGCACAAAUUGGAUGUCUUGUCUGAUGACAAAUGUUGGUUAUUAUUCAGCAGUAAAGCUCUUAAGCAUCGAAGUGCAAGAGAGUGUUCGGAAUUAGAAGAGAUCGGACGGGAAAUCGUAAAAAAAUGUGGAGGUGUACCACUCGCCCUAAAUGCAAUAGGGAGUGCCAUGCAGUUGAAAAGUACAAGAAGUCAGUGGGAGCUUGUCUUGGAAAGUGAAACAUGGAAUUUAGCUGAUGUCAUGGAAGGAAUUUUACCAGCUUUGUUACUCAGCUACUACGACUUGCCUCCUGCUCUGAAGCAGUGCUUCGCAUAUUGCUCUAUUUUCCCCAAAGAUUGGGAGAUAGAGAAGGAUACAAUAGUUAAGUUAUGGGUUGCACAAGGCUUCAUCGGCUCCGACACAAGCAAAGAUAUGGAGGAAAUUGGUGGGGUGUAUUUUGAUGAUUUAUUAAAACGCUCGUUACUCCAAGAUGAUGGCAACAUAUUCGGGUGGUUCAAGAUGCAUGAUUUAGUUCAUGACCUAGCGCAAUUUGUUGCAGGAAAUGACUGUUCGAUUACGAAGAUCACGCAAGGGGCCAUUUUUAAGCUAAACAAGGUCCGCCAUUCUUCUUUAACAUUCACUGGUCCAGCUGCAUUUGAAGUGACCUCAAUUCCAUCCAGCUUUUAUAAAGCCCACAAGUUGCGAACAUUGCUAAUCUUCCACAAGUCAGGCUCAAUUGAUUCUUCAUCAGAAAUGUCGGAAAAGGAAAAAGUAAGAAGCUGCAGGGUCCUCCACAAAUUAUUUCAUCAUUUGCGAUGCCUUAGGGCAUUGGAGAUGAGUGGAGCUAAGAUUUCGAGAUUACCUCGCACUGUUGGACAGUUGAAGCAAUUGAGAUAUCUCGAUUUGUCUGACUCAAUGAUAGAGGAGUCAUCUGAGGAGUUGAUUGAUUGCAUAAAUUUACAGAGCUUGGUACUCAAUUACUGUUGUUUCCUAAAAAGACUGCCUAGAGAAAUGAGAAAAUUGAUUAGCCUCAGACAUCUAGAACUCGAGGGCACGGUCAUGCUGGAGUACUUACCCAAAGGGAUAGGGAGACUAACUUCUCUUCAGACGUUAACAGAUUUCAUUGUGGGUGGGAACGAUGGAUGUGAGUUAGGAGAACUGAAACACCUUAACCUCCUUCGGGGACGUCUUGAUAUAUACCAAUUGCAGAAGGCGUCAAGUCAGGAGGAAGCCAUGCAGGCAGAAUUGAAUGAGAAGAUGCACCUUCAUACUCUCUCCUUAUAUUAUUCAUAUGGAGAGGUAGUGGGAGAUGAAGAGCAGAGGAGAGCAGAGGUGGUGCUUCAAGGUCUCCGACCCCAUACAAACUUGAAAGUAUUGGUGAUAGAGGGUUACAGAGGUUCCAAGUUUUCCGAUUGGAUGGGGGAUCCUUCUUUCUCCAAUCUAAUCAGAGUGGAACUGUCUAAUUGCACCGAAUGCGAAGAGCUACCACCUCUCUGGAAUCUACCCAUGCUCCGUAAAUUGUGGGUCCACGGUUGUCCACUCUUGAAGGAGCGGUACAAAGAGGGAGGAGAUGACAGGCACAAGAUUGCACAUAUCUCUGAUCUCGAUGUGUGGUAA